AUGUCAUCUCAUAAUAAUAUAUCAACUUCAGAGUCAGAAGAUGCCACAACCCUAAUCAAAACCCAUAAAUACCUAAUGGUUUCAAAAUCAUGGUGUCCAGAUUGUCAUUACAUAUAUAACCUAUUCACAAAACUUAACAUAUUGGAAAAAUUAUAUAUAAUUGAAUUAGAUAAAUUUACAAACACUGAAAAAGCAGAUAAGCUUGAAAGUGAAUUCAAUUCAAUUGUUGGUAAGAAAUGGGUUCCACAAUUGUUUUUCAAUGGUAAGUAUUGGGGGAAUGAAUCUACUUGUAAAGAAUUGGUAAAAUCUGAUAAAUUGAAAGAAGAAUUCAAAAAAGUGGGAUUGUUGGAGUAA